GAAAUCCUAGUCCAACAACAACUCUAAUAGGAGUCUCCUCGGUCUCCAUUCCUCUUACUCUCACAAAGAGCGCCAUGGUUGCGGAAAUGCCCCAAACCACCCAGCAACCAAGCUCACAGCUUAUCCAAGGCCUUAGGCUAUCCUCUGUAGUCCCCGCGAAGAUAACCGGGGACAACCGAGCCCACAAGCUCACCGGCAUGGACCUCGCUCUGAAGCUCCACUACCUCCGUGGGGUCUACUUCUUCCGCGACGUCCAGGUCGGGAUUGACGGCCUCAAGGAGCCCAUGUUCCGAUGCCUCGAGCUGUACUACCCAGUCGCAGGCCGGAUCAGGAGGGCGGAUGGGGGAGAAUCGGGAGACGGUGGGGGGAGGCCGUUCGUGAAGUGCAAUGACAGCGGGGUGAGGAUCGUGGAGGCGAGGUCCGAGAAGACCAUCAACGAAUGGCUGGAGAUGGAGGACCAUGCUGAGAUUGAUGACAAGGUUUUGAUCUAUGAUCAUGUCCUGGGCCAUGAUCUGGGAUUCACUCCCCUGGUCUUCGUCCAGUUCACUCGGUUUAAAUGUGGAGGGAUCUCAGUGGGCCUGAGCUGGGCCCAUGUCCUUGGGGAUGCAUUCUCGGCCUCAUCCUUCAUCAGCAUGUGGGGCCACAUCAUGGCUGGUCACGUGCCCCCCAAGUCUUUGCACGUGCCAAGCCCUGGAAAACCAGCCGGUUCUCCCGGUAAAGGACACGGGAAGGCUUCAUCCCUCAGACAGGUCGAACCGGUCGGAGACCGUUGGAUAACUACUAGUGAUCGUAAAAUGAGAACAAACUCUCUUCAUAUCACGGGAGACCAGCUCGAUCUCCUUGUUACAUCGCAUGGAAAGGCGUGCUCUAGAUUCCAUCUUAUGGCAGCCGUGAUCUGGAAAUCCCUGUCAAAGAUUCGAGGUGAGGGCAGACUAAAAAGAGCAACUAUCUGUACAAGUAACUGUCACGAUGAAAUUCAUCGGUGUCUUCUUGAGAAUCGCAUGGUUGUGGGCACGGUCGAGGCAGACGUCUCAGUCUUUGACGUCGAUGUAUCGGAACUGGCUACUUGGAUGGCAGAGCGAGAGGCGAAGGAGAAUCGCGACAUUGAAGAAAUUAUAAAUCGGGAUGGCAGGAUGUCGGAUUAUAUACUGUACGGGGCGAACUUGACAUUUGUGAAUUUGGAGGAGGCAGAUAUAUAUGGGUUGGAGUUGAUGGGUCAAAAGCCAAUAUAUGCAAACUAUACCAUAAAUGGAGUUGGUGAUGAAGGGGUGAUACUGAUCCUUCCAUGGCGGGGGACGGGGAAACAAAAGGAAAGGGAUGGAAGGAAAGUCACGAUGAUCUUGCCAGAAGAUGAAGUGUCAAAGCUCAAAAAAGAACUGAUAAUGGAUUGGAAAUUUUUCUAAACGUUAUAUAAUAUAUGGCAUCGAUAUUUUUGUGUUAUAUUCAAGGUAACGACAUGUUUAUAUUUUACCUUGAAAAAAAUAUUAUAGUUUCUCAUCCAUCUGUCUGUAUACCUUUUACUUCCACAAUGCAUAUUGUUGUUAGUAUAAUACGAAGCUGUAACACAACUCUUGUUCGGUCAUUUGUAUAUCACAAUAAAUCAAUUCAAAGUCCUCUUCGUGAUCA